AUGGCGAAUGUUGACGUAGCCAACUACUAUAAUAUCCCUUCGGCAUACCCGGAAGAGUGGCCAGCGGAACUCGACGAAAGCGAUGAGUCCGAUACCGAAACCCUGGGACGACGCGGUUCACGAUCCCGAUACUUCGCCCUUGAGCGGAGCAACAGUGGUUACAAGGGCGCGACCCCCGGAUCGUACAAAGGUCCCAAUGGUAGAGACAAUGCGGCCAAGAUGGAUGAGCCCGACCCACUGGGGACAGGCGACAGUGUUCUCAAGAUCUUGAAAAGGCGCGGGCUGUCCCUAGAUGAAGAAAGUCGAUUGCGCAAUCGGUUCCUGUUGUCGUCCACCGCGUUCUCCCCUGCGCUCUUCCUAUCCCAAGCGCACUCCGAUGAUUCAAUCCAAACUCUACUCGAUGGGUUGGGCUUUCUCUCCCGUUCAAUUGACCAGAAAUCCGCCUCACUCAAGGUCUUAGUCGAGGCCAAUUUCGAGCGAUUCGUCCGCGCAAAGGCGACAAUUGAUAGUGUCUAUACAGAAAUGAGAAAUCAAGGGAAAUCUCAAGACCUGUCAACUGCUCGAAGCUCACGCAGGUCAGGGCAUUUUCGCGUGGCUUCUGCCAACAUCACAGACCAAGUGCCCGGGAAGAAUGCCCUCACCAAGGAGAGUGAAUAUGGCAUGAGAGGAAUCCGGGCUCCUCUGUUGGAAGCUUCGGUCAAAGCGGAGGAAGUCUGGGGCCCGGCGUUGGGAGGUCGUGAAAGAGAACAAGCUCUGAAGUCGGUUGUGGACACGAUGGAAAGACAUCGAGACGUCUAUGAAAUCGGUGCUCUUCUCUCCAAGUCCAUCAAACAACGGGACUACGAAUCUGUGUUCGAGCAAUAUACCAAAGCCAGGACCCUAGCGAACAACGCCAAGAAUAUCGCCGAUGUCGCCAUGAGCAAGAACCGAUCGCUCACAGAUGAAGAAACGCAUAUUAUCUUAGCCAUGGGACGGAUGUGGAUAGAUGUGGACCAGCAAAUCCAAGCUUUCAAACGAGAUCUGUGGAAGCGUCUUGGUGACGUCCCUACCACCUCCACGACGGUCACUGCCUCGGGCCCUGUUGAAGAACAUAUGGAACUGAUCGGCGCUUUACUAGAACUGGGUGUGGAGGACAAUCCUAUAUGGGUCUGGCUUCUCAGCCGGUAUGAAUUCUUGAAGACCAAAAUCAACUCUUUCUGCGAGCGUUGCAAAGCAGAAAUUGAGAUCCUCAGGCGUCGACUGGCCAGCGGUGAGAAGCCAACUCCUCAGGCUGUGGCAUCAUAUCUGCGGCUGGCACCGCGUGAUGGCGCUGUGGCGAACCCUACAAUUUUGGAUACGGAUCAGGUCAUUGAGCUGUGGGAGUGUGUGCAUACAUUCUUGACGCGACUCUUGUCAUCACAAGGAGGGAUUCUCGGCGAAGUCUUGGACUUCUGGGAAGCUGCACAAUCCUUCAUUGACGGGAGCAAGCAGAAACUGCUCCCCACUGGGUUUGAAGGAGAGAGUCGCAAGCAUCACCGCCUCUCUUCGAGCGAUUCAAAGCGUUUGGAACAAGGAGUUGUUGAGUUGGUCAGUUUGAUUCGCGAAAACGUACUAUCGUUGUUCGCAGACCCUCCAACGGAGGACAUUCCCGUCCUCCCCUCUCCAAAAUCCCCUUCCACUCCCAACAGCCCGAUGGGUUUGGGUGUGACCCCUACCGAGUCCAGAUUCAAGCUUGAUCCGAGGAAUAUGCCUCUUCCCUCUCCCAAACGCGGAGAUCCCUGGGAGGACUUUGCGUUUUGGCCACCGUUCUCGAAUUCCCUCAGCGGCGUGCACUAUCUUGGACAGUUCCUAGUUAUUCUGGGCACCGCAGCGAGUGAGAUGGCGGCCCUAGGACCGGUAUCAAAAGACGGAGGUGUCCAUGAUCUCCUCAAAACUUUGGUGAGUGUUUCGCGGGAGCGCUCAGUCCGUGCGGCAUGCUCUGCUUGGGGCAAAGACGCAGAAGUGUGUAAGUUGUUGGAGGACUGGACUCGCGACCAGGAACGCAGAGAUUUGACCAAGAUGCCGGGUUUGUUUGUGGCAUUUGAAAAUGCUAUCCUCGGCGGAAUGCAAAAAAUACUCUACAUCUCGGAGGCCAUGGUCAAAUCCGGGGAUGUGGAUGUGGUCACGCAGCCGCCAGCAAAGCUCCUCCAAAUGGUGCGGACACAAUUCGUAUCCAGCGUGUACAAGGCCUUGAGCGGCUUGGUUGAGAAUGCGGAGCACCCUGCAGCCCCCGAAGAGGAGAAUGAAUGGAUCAUCACUGGUAGUAAAGCUCGGAACUACUCGGCCUCACCGGUCCUCGUCGCCGAUGCUGUCGACUCCCGCAAUAGGAAUGUGCGCAUUCUCCUCACGCUCUCGAACAUCAAAGCGCUUCAGUCCGAUCUGGUGCCCCAGCUGGUGGCGAACUUCGAGACCGCAUUCUCGGUCAAGCUAACUGAGGAAGCUAAAACGAUCCGAGACGUACUUGGUCAGAUUGACGAACGUCUGUUCCAGUCGUACACCAAGCCAACGGUGAAUACCCUGAACGCCACCAUCCACAGUGGAAUUUCCUCCCCUGAAUGGGAACCUACUGCCUCUCGACCGGAACAAGUCCGCCCUUACGUGUAUAGUACGAUGCUGGCCCUCGUGCUGGUCCACACCGAAAUUACGACUACUAUCCCAUCCACCUCAUCAUCAUCGUCAAGCCGCCAUCCCUCCACACGGUCAUCGCCACUACUUUCAAUUGUUCUCAAACAUCUCCUGACCCAGGUCUCUUCAUCACUCCUCUCUGCUUUCAGCUCACGGUCAUCAUACACUCUAGCGGCAUUGAUGCAGGCUACCCUGGACACAGAAUUCAUUGCACAGACCAUGUCACAGUAUUCUACCGAAGAUGCGUCAGCCGUGCAAAGUCAGAUCUAUGUUGAAUUAGAUCAACGAACGACGCAUGAAGCUCGGGCUCGGCUACAGUCGGAGCUGGGUGAAAUGCGAGGUAUCCUGAAACGGUUGAGGGAAAAGACGAAGGGCGAGUUUGCUUGCUUUAGGAAAACGAAAAGCAAUACAGGACAGAAACCCUCUGCUUGA